AUGUCGUCAAACCAGGGAAUGAUGCCUAUUGCGGGUGGGGUCCCGAUCGAACUCAAUGUCUACGAUCUUCAGCACCCCGACAACCCGGACGCCGUGCCCGCCAUUAACUGGUAUCUAUACGGCGUCGGCUUGGGGCUUUAUCACUCGGGCGUCUCCAUUUACGGCACUGACUAUUGCUACGGCGGACACGCCGAUGACGACACAGGCGUCUUUGAAGUCGUCCCGCUGAAGGCUCCUGAUGCGAAGUUUAGGCAGACAGUCUUUGUAGGGAGGACCAGUCUUGACCCGCAGCAGGUGUCAGAGCUUGUCAAGGCCAUGGCCCACGUGUGGAGUGGCAACUCAUGUAACGUAUUAACGCGAUCCUCAACUGCCUGCUCGGACGUGAGCAUUGCGCACUGCGACCUCAAGCCGGAGAACGUGCUGUUGCGACACCCGCAGCGCAGCGCGAUCAAGGCGGUGGACUUUGACGCAAGCUGUCGCAUCAGCGAGAGCAUGUCUACGUAUGUACAGUCACGUUUCUACCGCGCGCCUGAAGUGAUCCUCGGGAAACUAUACGGGACGCAGGUGGACGUGUGGAGCUUGGGGUGCAUGCUGAUCGAGCUCCACAAGGGGUACCCGCUGUUCGCGGGCAAGGACAAAGCGCAUCAGAUGGCGAUCAUUGCGGAGAGGCUGGGGAUGCCGCUAGAAGAGAUGUUGCUAGCAGGGCGCAAAACGAGCCUGUUAUUCGAGCAGGACAGCGUAACGGGCCGAUGGCGCAUGCAGCCGGAGGCGUGCCCGUCCGGGGAAGCGGUGAUCCCGGGUUCCAAGUCGACCGACGGUUUCGUGGACAUUGACAUGGGAGCCAGCAACGGACGGCGGAGGACUACUCGAUGUUCCUGGGACUAG